UCUGAGCUGGCUGCAGCGUUGCUGUACUGAGUGACACAUAAAUUGGCUGAACUUCAGUCUUCAGCAGAUUCUGCACACUAUAAGCCCACGAGGGGAAACGAAAUAUUUAAGGAAAGAAGAAGAAAGUUACUUACAGGGUUGUAGGAUUGUCAUAGUACAGCACAUUAGCUUAGAGGCAAGAGUGUGAGAGCAAAGCAGUUUAGUGCACACUAAGCAACAUUCCAUAUUAUACACAGACACCAUUCUCCUGGAUACAAGGCAUCUGGAAGAGAUACAGGCAGCUGGACCUCAGUCAGCUCUGUAAGCCAUGUGAUAGUUGUAGGAGCCUAAGGUAAAGAAAGGAUAAGACACUGCCUGCCUAUGAGAAGGAAAUCUAGACUAGCCAGCAGAAGGACAGGACUCCUUUGGAUGGCUACUCUGUCCCCUACUCUGCACUGUACACCAUGGCCCUGAGAUUAUGGCUGAGGAUGCGUUUGAAGAGAAGGCCUGUUGUUGGAUUCUGUGUCCUGUUUGCCUUUUCUGUGGUGCUAAUUAAUAGUUUUCCUGCAUUACCUGCAGACACUAGUAGAGUUACUGAUUUUCAAAAGCGCAUUAAGCACAGGAAAGUUGCCCGACACAAGUGGCUACGGGCUGACACCACAGACUCCGUUCCCAGGCAAGUCCAAAAUGCUGACCACAGAAGCUGGGACUCUGCACUCCAGAAUUACAGGCAAGACAUGCAAGGAUUCAUUAACUCCAGUCAGGACUGCAAGGAGAAAAGUAAUUUAGGUGCGCUUAGCAAGCAACCACAAUGGAAACAUGAUCAUUAUCAAACCGAAAAGAAGAGGUCCCUGACCAGAAAACAUUCACAUUCUGAAAUAUAUACCACUGGAAUUAAACCAAAGGAUCUUAUAGUGGUAGCCCAUAUAAAUAAUGGUAUGCAAAAUUACUCCGAAGGCCGAGUUAGUGUCCUUGCAGACAGGGACCUACAUAACCUGAAGAAAAGGGAUAUUUACCUUCCUAAACCUGUUUUGGUGAAAAUGAAUCCUUUACAAAAAUCCAAAACUAAAAUGCAAAUCUUACUUAAAAACUAUUCAGUAGUUCUGCCAGAACUGCAACACCAGAAAACAGAUGGACAUGUAUUUCCAUUAGAUAGGUUUUUAGCUUUGCCAGGAGCUGACUCUAUGAGGAAUGGGGGAAGUGCCAGGGAGCAAUGGAGUAAUAACGAGGCUCUUUUCCAGAAUAUUUCAACAAAAUCUAAAAGACUUUUUUUCUCAGACUGCCUUAAAUUUCAUCCCGAGCAGCGUAAGACAGCUCAUCACAGGGACAAAGAAGACUUAACAGAAAACUCUCCCCCCUGGUUUACAUCAGAUGAUUUGCAGAAGAUGAGAUUACUGUCAGAGGGUGAGGUUAUAGCAAAGUCUAGAAUUCCUGCACAUGGACAAGUACUUAAAGUAGCUCUGCGCCCAAGCCAGCUUGAUAAGCACCUUCAUAUACAGAACCAUUGCACACAAGGAUUCUGUGGAUUAAUUAAAAGACCCAGUGAUUUAUAUGAGGUUCUAGCUUUUCAUCUUGACAGGAUCCUUGGGUUAAAUCGCAGUCUGCCAGCAGUAGCCCGAAUAUUUGCAAGUGACCUAUUGCCAUAUAAGUAUACCAAUGGGGCUGCAAGGCCAAUCGUGUGGUGGGCACCUGACAUCAAACACUUAAAUGACACCAACAAUGACCAGAAUUCUCAUGAACUGGGCUGGAUAGACUAUCAGUGUAUGCUGAAGCACAGGUGUGGCAUGGAGGACUCUGGUACUUCCUUAGGUACAACACCCUGUGUGGGCAUCAAGCAUACAGAAUGGGCCAAGCUGGCUAUGUUUGAUUUUCUCCUGCAGGUUCAGGAUCGACUAGACAGAUACUGCUGUGGAUUUAACCCGGACCCCACAGAGCCGUGUGUGGAAGAUCUUCUGCAUGACAAAUGUCGCAACCCAAAGGAACUUGUCUUAGUGCACAUUCUGGUACGCCAGAGCGACCCUUCUCACUUAGUUUACAUUGACAAUGCUGGAAGACCAAACCACCCUGACAACAGUCUGAACUUUAGGCUUUUGCAAGGGAUUGAUGGGUUUCCAGGAUCAGCAGUUCAAGUGCUAAAGUCGGGAUGUUUACAGAACAUGCUAUUAAAGUCAUUGCAAGUGGACAACACAUUUUGGAACAACCAAGGAGGCUUACAAGGAGUGGCAAAAUUAGUUGAAACCAUUGUAAGGAGAGCAGAGAUCCUUGUGAAGUACAUAGAAAAACACAAUUCAACCCUUACCUCGCAAUAAUAAUGUUUUCUAACCCACAAGAAUUAGUUUUGUCCUGUUAACUGUGAUAAUACCUUGGCAGCCAGAGCCAGAAGAGUGGAGACGUACGCAUGGGGUGCUACCUUCAAGAAUGAUUUGUACAAGAAAAAAAACAACCUAGGAAGUUAUGGUCAAAAUUGUUUUGGGACUUAUAGUAAUUAGCCGGGUACACACUGGGUGACCUCCCCUAGUUAGCAAUCAGCACUAUAUUGCUGGUUUCUAAUUAGGGGAGAUCGCCAGUGCAUAUCGAUGUAUGAUAUCGUUCAAAGUAAGUGUAACUGUGUUUGUUCUCUAUGUUGUGUAUAUAUAUAUAUAUAUAUAUAUAUAUAUAUUGUAAAUGAGUAAAUCAGUGCGCUUGUCCAAAUUAUGCGAAGUACCUUACUGUAAAAGUGCAAUCUAAAGUCACAAGUAAAUUUGGUCAAAUGACCAGUCCAAUAAAUGAGUUCUUCCAAAACUUGUGUUAGGUUUAAUUGCCAAACAGUCCACACUUUCCCCGUUUUAACGGGUGGCUGCUCAGUUCUUCAAAAAGUGCCACUAGGUAUGCGUAGCCCAAAAGGG